AUGACUGGCACGCCUACGACUUCUUGCACACAGGAUACGGCUGCUCGAUCACCCGGGCGGACUUCACAGACUGCUGCAACAUCUCAAAGGCUCAAGAAGAGAGAAUACGAUCGCAAAGCCCAAAGAGUUGCUCGCGAAAAGACGAAGAACCGAAUAGCUCAGCUCGAGAGCCUGGUCGAGAAGUUGAGCCAGCAAGAUGACACCGCUACUACAGCAUCGCUCAUGGCGGAGUUGUCAAGGGUGACUGAACAGAGGAACAAACUCAUGAGAUGUCUCAAAACAACUUCUUCUUUGUUUAACGAUCACGUCAAAGAGGCUGAAUCAUGGGGCUCAACGGGGAUGAUUUGCGACGUGCCUUCUCUGUCGAAGCCGCCAUCAGCUAAAGAGGUUUCGCCGAAACAUCCGAGCCCGGAAUCAUCAACGUCUCCAGCAUAUUCAUCGGUCCCUGUCUUCGAUAGCUCCGCCGAUGAGGUCCUGGAGAAAGAAAUGGGGGAUGACAUGGACAGUUUCAUGGACGAAUCUUCACUUGAUAUCAGCCAAUUUUUGGGCGACUCAAUGUUUCAGCCAGACUUCACAACAACCGCCCCAUCGAAAAACAUGAGUGAGCCACAUAUGAGAGGCGUAUCACUGGACACAUCCACAUCAAGAAAAAGUCAGCAACUCACAACAGAAACACGCCGAAUUGCCUCUAAAUGCCACUGCUCGUCAACCAACAGACUUCGACGACUCUCGGAUGGUUCACAAGUCAGUUGCAAUAACUGGAAAGCGGGUAAUGAAAUUCUUCAAGAGCCAUUUGCUCUACCCGACGCUUCAAUACGACUGGAAGGAGAGACAGUCGAGGACGUUCCUGUUCACGCUGUGCUUCAUGGUUGGGAUAGCUUGGCGCACACAGGCAGGAUGACGCCUCUGUGGAGAAAGGUUCGCCAACUUGAUGAACUUUGUUUCUCAGCAUGUGGACAGGCAGAACGUUUGGCCGUUCUGUUCAUAAUCCAUCUUCUUAUGAGGGCAUAUGCCGAUCCGACAUUGGUGAAGUCCGCAGUCGUACCAGUGUGGUAUCUGAAAUCCAUGAUGCUGACUUGUAGAUGCAGGCCAGCUUUAAGGUACCGAUUUGCUAUUGCGCCACACCGGUACUGUAGCAAUUUGUUCUGGCACAUGUUCAAAGAACACUUGCGCAUAGUGUGGCCGUACGACUUUCGUGACUGCUAUAUCAGGAAUAUGCAACUGGGAACAUACGGUCUCUCGCCUCUCUUCAAAGAGAAGAUCCAUGACUUGCGAUCUUGGACAAUGGCACCAGACUUCUUUGCCCAAUUUCCCGAGUUAAUGCAGGAUAUACCAAAGUUUCCAGGCCAACCGUCGCCAACAGUCGCUCUACCAUUCGGCUUGACGCUCUCGCGUGAUGUGGACGGCUCGAAGGCGGCAAGAGAUGAUGACGAAGAGAGAAGUAAAUCCCCCAGAACCGAAAACAGCACGAGAGAUCAUAUCUUAUUUCCCUCAUCUUCUCAUGUAAGCGGCUUGUUUUUGAGCGAGCUCGGCAUCGACGGCGUGACGGAUUGCUUCGACUUCUGA